AUGGCAGCGCUCUUCUCCAUGGUUAACCCGUGGGCCUCUGUCUUUGGCAUCCUAGGGAACAUCAUCUCCUUCCUGGUGUUCCUCGCCCCGAUACCGACGUUCCUUCGGGUGUACCGUAAGAAGUCGACGGAGGGGUUCAGCUCGGUGCCGUACGUGGUGGCGCUCUUCAGCUGCGCGCUGUGGAUCCUGUACGGGCUCGUCAAGACAAACUCCAGCCCGCUGCUGACCAUCAACGCCUUCGGCUGCGUGGUGGAGUCCGCCUACAUCCUCAUGUACCUGAUCUACGCGCCCAAGGCCGCCAGGCUCCGCACCCUCGCCUCCUUCCUCCUCCUCAACGUCGCCGCCUUCUCCCUCAUCGUCGCCGUCACCGUCUUCCUCGUGCCGCAGCCCAACCGCGUCAAGGUCCUCGGCAGCGUCUGCCUCGCCUUCUCCAUGGCAGUCUUCGUCGCGCCCCUCAGCGUCAUCUUCGUGGUGAUCAAGACCAAGAGCGCCGAGUACAUGCCCUUCUCCCUCUCCUUCUUCCUGACCCUCAGCGCCGUCGCCUGGUUCUUCUACGGCCUCUUCACCAAGGACAUCUACGUCACCCUCCCCAACGUCGGCGGCUUCUUCUUCGGGAUCGCCCAGAUGACGCUCUACUUCUGCUACCGGAAGCCCGGCACGUCGGCGCUGGUCCUGCCGACGUCCAUCGAUGACGCGGCCGACACAGCGGCAGCGGCGGAGGAAGCGGCGGAUCAGGCGGUGGCCGAGGCGUCGGCGAGCAGCCACCCGGCAGUGGCGAUGCUCACGGUGAGCACGCUGCCGGUGCUGGCGGAGCUGCAGAAGAUGGAGCUGGAGAUCGGGACGCCCACCCCGCGCAGGGGCUACAUCAAGGCAUUCUGA